AUGUUGCAUUGUUUUCCGACUGGCCUUCCGGCUCUUCGCUGUCCAUUAACGUUUUUGUUUUCGUUUGACGUGUUUCUUAUUAUUGUCCCCGUUUCAUCGCUUAUUCAGGUUGUAAAAUCAGCAGAGAAAAGCAAAGUGAAGAGAGCUCGCGAUGAUACCGCUGUCGAGGAGCCAGCCAAGGCUACGACGCCCGCGAAGAAGGUGAAGAAGGCCGUAGCCUCACCCGCCGCCAAGGUCGUCGCGAAGAAGCUUGAGAAGAAGGCCACGCCAGUGGCGAAGAAGUCUCCUGCCCCUAAGGCGGCAGCCAAGCCUGCAGCGAAGCCUGCCGUCAAGGCGGCAGCGAAGAAGCCGGCGCCGAAGAAGGCUGCUAAGGAGAGCAGCGACAGCGAAGACGAGGACGAGAGCGAGAGCGAGAGCGAGGAGGAGGCUCCUGCUAAGCCCGCCCCUGCCAAGGCCCCCGCAGCCGCCGCUGCUGCUAAGAAGAACGACUCUGACACCAACAGCGGGGAAGAGUCUUCCGAAGAGGAAUCUUCCGAGGAGGAAGCGAAGCCCGCUGCCGCCGCUGUGAACGGAGCUAAACCCAUGGAAGAGGACAGCGACGACGAUGAUGAUGAUAGCAGCGAGGACUCUGACGAGGACGAGAAGAAGCCCGCGGCUGCUGCGAAGAAGCCUCCCGCCAAGGCUGAAGAGAGUGAUGACGAGGAGGACGAUAGCGAGGAUGAGGAUGAGAGCGACGACGAGGACGACGAGAAGGAGAAGGCUGCCGCUGCUAAGAAGGCGCCGGCUGCUGCCGCUGCCAAGAAAGACGAUGACGAUGAUGAUGAUGAUGAGGAUGAUGAUGACGAGGAGAGCGACGAGGAUGAUGAUGAUGAUGAUGAGGAGGAGGAGGAGGAGGAGGAGAAGCCUGCUAAGAAGGUCAAGGCUGAGACCCCUGUGAAGGCCGCCGCGCCCGCCGCUGCGCCCACCACGCCCUCGACUCCGGGAGAGGAGGAGAUCACGACGCUCUUCGUGAAGAAUCUCCCCUUCUCCGCCGACCAGGACACCAUCGCGGAGUUCUUCGCGGACUGCGGCGAGGUGUCGGACGUGCGCAUCGCCAUGGACAAGGAGACGGGCCGCGCGCGCGGGUUCUGCCACGUGGAGUUCGCAACUGGUGACGCCGCCAAGAAGGCGCUGGAGAAGAGCGGUCAGGAGCUCAUGGGACGCGCGCUCUUCUGCGACCUCGCGGGCGGCUCAGGCGGCCCAGGCGGGGCCCGUGGCGGGCGCACGCCGCAAUCUGGCGGCGGCCGAUUUGGUGGCCGCGGCGGUGGCGCGGGUGGCUUUGGCGGUGGCGGAGGGUUUGAGCGCGCGCCACGUGACGACAGCAACACGGUGUUUGUGAAGAACUUCGACCGCUACCAGGACGAGGACACGAUCCGCGGACAGCUGUCGGAGGUGUUCGGUGACUGUGGCAAUGUGGUGGGCGUGCGCAUCCCCACCGACCGCGAGACCGGUGGCAUCAAGGGUUUCGCGUUUGUGCAGUUUGAUUCGGCAGAGGCGGUGGCCAAGGCGGGCGAGCUCAAUGGCACGGACUGCGGAGGCCGCUCUCUUGUGGUUGAUGCUUCUGCUGGUGGUGGUGGCGGCGGCGGUGGCAGGGGCGGCGGUGACAGGGGAGGGUUCAGGGGUCGGGGCGACCGAGGCGGUGGCUUCAGAGGCCGGGGCGGUGACAGGGGGGGAGGAUUCCGGGGCAGGGGUGGUGACCGGGGAGGUCGGGGUGGUCGUGGCCCGCCACGUGCCAAGAUCAACCUUGCUGCCCCAGGCACAGGCAAGAAGACCACUUUUGAUGACUGA